AUGCCGCCGCCGUUUCCGCCGUCUCCCCCUCCUCCGCGUCUCCUCGCCGGCGGCGACCACCACCCGCCCCCGACCUCCGCUUUCUCCCCGGAACACCCCUUCCACUCCGCGCAUCUCGUCCUCCCCUCCCCGUCUCCGUCCCCCGCCGAUCUCUCCUCGCCGCACCUACCUCUCGCCCUCGCCUUCGCCUUCCUCACCGAGCCUUCCCCGCUCCCGCGGCGUCUCCUUGUCGUCCUCCACGCCGCCGGCGCCCGCUUCCCGGCCUUCUACCAUGCCUUCGCGUCCGCUCUCCUCUCCCUCCCAUUCCCCCUCCUCCUCCCCCACCCGCGCACCCGCCUCCUCCUCGCCGCCUCCGAGCUCGCCCGCGCGGCAGCGCCGGGGUUCGCGCCCCUCCUCGCCUCCCUCCUCCGCCGCGUGCCGUUCCCCGGGGACGCCCGCCUGCUCGAGGUCUUGCACGAGCACGCCUCGUUUCUCGCCGACGAAGAGCCCCAGCUCCUCGCCACCGCCGUGUUCGCCUUCCUCCGACUCCUCUCCAGGAAUCGCCUCGCUCUGGCUGCAGGCAGCGUCGAGUGCAAGGACUGCGACGAGUGCAAGGGUGCCAAAAAUCUGCAAGAAUGCAGGGGAAGGCUGGUGUCUUUCUGCGUCUCCGUGCUGCGGGAUCACUUCCAAGUGUGCGCACUCCUCGGAAGGGACCUUGUGAGGUCGCUCCACGAGCUGGCGCUCGUGCCGGAGUUCCAGGUGCUGUGGCGAGACUUGAUACUUGACCGAGCUGCCAAUGUCUGUCGGAUUGGAACACCCCGUUGGUGCACGGCCAUGGCCAUCACGUCAGAGAUGGAGACGCAGCUGUUGUUCAUGAUGAACAAUGUGAAGUGGGGGGAUCAGAAGAGGUACCAGCUGUGGUUUGCAAGGAAGCACCUGAUGGUGCCUGGAGGGGAGGAGAGGAUCCCUGACAUUGUGCGGUUCAUAUGCUGCGGGUACCACCCGACCAAUGAGCUCAUGCAAUCUGGUGUCAUUGCUCGCUGGGCGGUCGUAGGUUGGCUGCUGACGACUUGCAGCAAGGGUUAUGUUGUGGCGAAUGCGAAGCUGGCGCUGUUCUAUGACUGGUUGUUCUUCGAGGAGGGGAGGGGUAGUGUUAUGAAUAUUGAACCUGCUAUGCUCCUGAUGGUGAACUCAGUGUCUCAGUACACUGAUAUCACGAACAUGCUACUUGAGUUCUUGUUUCUUCUGAUUGAUAACUAUGAUGUGCAGAGGAAAGAGGCAAUUGCACUCUGUGUGAGGAGUGCGUUUGGGGUUCUGGUGAAGAAAGGAGUGGUGCCGUCAUUGGAGCCAUUGACAGGUUGUGACAAGUUAUCACCGUUGCUCAGGCAAAAGCUUCUGGCAUUUUUAUCUAAUACUUGUGAGGCGGCUGAAGAAGCUUGUUGGAAGCCAAUCAAUGAGGUUUCUAAAGGAGCAGAAUUGAACAAGAGAAUUUGCUGA